AUGAGCAAGUUUCACACCUAUAAUCCGAGUGCAGAUAUUUAUCGAAUAUUCGAUCAUCAUGAACGUCAGUUACGAGAUCGACACAAAAAUUUGAUCGACGUCUUGUAUGAAUGGCAAACUCGACUAAUUACUACAGUUGAACAGCAUGUUAAAGAAAAGAUGAAUGAACUGGGGGCGCAAUAUAAUCGCACGCUAAAUAAGAUGUUUGAACAACGAACAGAGUUUCUUAAUAAAGCCGAUAUUUAUCAUCUGAAUAAAAAUGAUAAAGACAUAAAAAAUUUGGUGAAUCAAUGUGAACUUUUAAAAUUUGAAUUAGCCGAGCUAACAUAUAAGCACCGUGACUCGUUAUUUCCAAGUAUACAAGUGAUAAAAACCGAACCUGUCGAACAGAAGAAUAUCUCAGCUUUUGUUACAGAAUCUGUUGAUUCUAAUAGACCUAUGACACCUACAAUCACUGAUAAAAGACCGUCUUCAGUCACUGAUAAAAGACCGUCUUCAGGCACUGAUAAAAGACUGUCUUCAUCGAUGUCGAGAAAAGAAGAAAAUGUGACAGAAAAACCGCAAUCCGAUUUUAUCGUCAAUGAUAACGAACAAGUAGGAACAACGAUUGAUCAAGGAAACGUUGAUUCUCGUGGCUAUACUACUGGUGAGUUUAGUUCGAGUCGACCGGCAUCGGCUACAACUACUGGUAAACACAGCCGACAAUCGUCAUCGAAAUCAAGAAAAGAUGAAAAUAUGCUAACAAUCCCUACAGAAUUACAUCAAUCGGAUUUGAAUGAUGCUGAGAAUCCUGAGAUAACAACAACUAACGAAAUACAGUUGAAUGGAAAAAUGAAUGAUGAUAUCGAGGAAAAACAGUGA